AAGCAAGCUCCGGGGUUCCAGAAGCCAACUCUACGUCAAUUCUGUCCUGAUCACCUAUCUGAAGAAAUUGAACUGUUGUCCGCAUAUAGUAGUCGCCAUUCACACUGUUCUGUUUUCUAGUCCCCGAAGAAAGCAGAAGAUAGCUUUUGUGUUGCGCCCAACAUGAUCAACGCCGUCCUCGUCUUCAACAAUAACGGGCAACCGCGCCUCACCAAGUUCUAUACACAAAUCGAUACGCAAACGAAACAGUCACUGAUUGCCCAAAUCUACGAUCUGGUGGCACAGCGUCCGCCGAGUGCCUGCAACUUCCUACCACUGCCUCCAUUGCUUUCGCAAGGCGCGCGCUCAAGCGCAGCCAAUGGUCCUUCCGAUGCUCCUACGCAAGUCACCUACCGUACCUAUGCCACCUUGUCCUUCAUCAUGAUAUCCACAUCCACCGAGUCACCGCUUGCGCUCAUCGAUCUGAUACAAGUUUUCGUGGAAGCCCUGGAUCGGAUAUUUGAGAACGUUUGCGAGCUGGAUCUUAUCUUCGGGUUUGAGACAAUGCACGCGGUUCUCAGUGAGAUGAUUGUCGGUGGUGUCGUGGUCGAGACCAAUAUCGACAAGAUUGUUGCAGGCAACCCUCUCAUUGAGCGCCGCCCCCGCAACUUCGGUAUUGGCCAGGACGUCCAGCCCAAGCGCAACCUCUCCCGCUUCGUCAAGUGGCCCGAGUAUGUCCGUCUUCAGCGCCAGAAGAAGAUCCUGAACCUCCGCCUGAAGGUCCCCCCUGCCAUUGCUCAGUUCCAGAACACUCUGGACCGCAACACCGCUGCCCAGACCUUCAAGCUCCUCAACAAGUACCGCCCUGAGACCAAGGCCGAGAAGAAGGAGCGUCUCCACGCUGAGGCUACCGCUGUCGCUGAGGGCAAGAAGAAGGAGGAUGUCUCAAAGAAGCCCUACAACGUCAAGUACGGUCUGAACCACGUUGUCGGCCUCGUCGAGAACAAGAAGGCUUCCCUUGUUCUGAUCGCCCACGACGUUGACCCCAUUGAGCUGGUUGUCUUCCUUCCCGCUCUCUGCCGCAAGAUGGGUGUCCCCUAUGCCAUUGUCAAGGGCAAGGCUCGUCUCGGUACCGUUGUCCACAAGAAGACCGCCGCUGUCCUUGCUCUCACCGAGGUUCGCGCCGAGGACAAGGCUGAGUUCUCCAAGCUCCUCUCCACCAUCAAGGAGGGCUACACCGACAAGUAUGAGGAGUCCCGCCGCCACUGGGGUGGUGGUAUCAUGGGCUCCAAGGCCGUUGCCCGCAUGGAGAAGAAGCGCAAGGCUGCUGAGGCUGCCGUCAGAGUUUAAAGCCUGAUCAAUUUGAUUGACGGGGUUUUCCGGACGACAUUAUGACUUCGCGGUCCUUUUCUUUUUAUUCUCUCCACAGGGGGAUGGAUGUAAUCAAAAGUUGAAACACUUUGGGAAAUGGGAAUGGUGUUCUGAGGCUCAUAUUGACUUGUUGACGGCAUUUUAGCUUAGAUGGGUGGAGCACUCCGGCACCCUCUCAAUUCCAAUCCAUAUUGAUGGCCCACCUUGUUUUUCCUUUUUAUGUACACGUCGCAGAUACCCAUGAAUGCAUUUUCAGACAUCAAUUAGCAAACCAUGCGUAGAGCAUAAUUGACGUUGAGCAUUCAUGCACGUGAUAUCUGUCUGCAAUGUAGAACGAGGCUUAAGCUAGUUGGUGUU